AUGAGGCUCCUGGCCUUCGGCUUCUUUCACUUCGCCCGUGCCUUCCGCGCCCUCCCUGCCGCUCGCUUGGCCGAUGCUCGGCUUCUGCUGGGCGGCGAGGGCUUGCCGGCCCUCCAUGGUGGCCAGAAGGUGUCUCCUGGAGCAAGCCAGACAGAGAUCAAGCGGGCCUAUCGCCGAAAAGCUCUGAAAGAGCAUCCUGAUGUCAGCAAGCUGCCCGAUGCCAAGCAACGGUGGCAGGAGCUGUCGGCCGCGUACGACGCCCUGAGCGACCCCGAGAAGCUGAGGGCCUGGGAGCGUGCCAAGCGCGGGGCGGAAGCCCAAGCCCGACGGGGUGCAGGGCAGGCGGGGCGCGGUGCACAGGGCCGCUGGCAACGGACGCAAGCCAUGGAGGAGGAGUAUGACACUGGUGGUGAUUCCUUCAGUGCCAUCUUUAGCGACUUCUUCCAGAGCGUGGCAGACUCCGCCGAGGGAAGCGGCCGCGUGGGCCGCGUCAAGAAGGCGGGAGGCAUGUUACUGGAGGACCUACUGGAAUUCCUGGAGAAGGGCCUGGGCGAGGAUGGCAUGGCGUCUGCGCGCCGCAGCCCCUUCGACGCCGACCCCGAGAAGGAGCUCCAGGAAGCUCAGCUCGAGUUUCGGACGAUGGAGAGCCGUGACGAGGCCCUGAAAAACGAGGCCGCGGCGUGGGAGCGCAAGGCGGAGCUUUGCCGCAACAGCGGGGACAAGGCCGGCGAGCUGGAUGGCAUGCAGCGUCUCUUCGAGGCGCGUGAGAGGCGGAAGACCAUCCGGCGGCGGCUGCUGAGCCUGACGGAGCGAGUGGAGUACCUGCAGAAGGUGCUCUUUGAGUUCCAGCGCAAGAAGGAAGCGAAGAAGGCGGCCGGUGGUACCAGCGGAGCCGGCACUGCGGGAAGGGAAGCAGUGGCGGAUGCGGGAGCGCUGGCUCGAGGGAGCCACGCGAUCCUGCGGGGUGACAAGGCACACGAUCUGGGCUAUGAAGGUGGCAACGUCAAAGUCCGUGUUGAGCAAGUCCGCAACCGCGACUCCACUGUCUUCAUCGGCUUCCCAGACGGACGGGAAGCUUGGGUGAAUGCAAAGCACCUCCAUGCCGCAGUGAACCGGCCUCAGUACAACUUCAUGCGACUCCUUCAUCUCAUUCAGGUGUCGGUGUCCGAGAUCGUGGAAGUUCUGGAGCAAUGUUGGAAGCACCUGGUGAGGGACAUCCGCUCUGAGCAUGUUGCCCUUCUGUGCUUCUACCUCCUCAACGUCUUCGCCUUCAUGCUCGUCGAGUGGUGGCGGCUUUCCAUCGUCUGGGCGAUGCGUCCCUGGUUCGUGUUCCUCGUUUGGUACACCUGGGACGCCGUCUGCUGCUGGAAGGCCGUCAUGCGCCGACGCCUCCGGCGCUCCGAGCCCGGCAGCCCCUCAAACAAGCAUCGCCCAGAGCAGGGGCUCCGAGCCCGCAGCAGUCUUGGCCUACCCCAAGAGGAGGAGAUCGAGAAUCUGUCUGACUUGCUUGCAGCAAACAAGGACGGUGAACAUGCCAAGGAUCCCGACUCCCCCAGGAAGUUGCAGGAGAGGCGCGCAGCCGCGUCAGGUGUCUUGCCGCAAGUCAACGGCGACGGGAGUUUGGAGGAAGACAUUGCUCCCUUCUUGGACAUGGACCACGUUCACCUCACCUUUUGGUUCUUCCUAUGGGGCCGCAUCUUCAUUGGCUUGGGCGCAUGGGCCAGCAUGAUCUUCGGCGGCAAGGACACUCCGGGCAUCCUGCGCUAUGGGCUGAGGCGGGUCUUCAACGACCUCGGUGUUUGGCCGCAUCACGUCAAGAAUGCCAGGAGUUUGGCUGCAGAACUUCUCUUGGAGACCACUCUUUCCAUCUACGUGCGCGAGGUGGAAACGACAGGCAGCCUGACCGUUGCUCGCUUUGCCAUUCCGGACGUCCCACACUACACUCAGCAAGGCAAGUGCUUGCAGCAUGCCGAGCUGUUGGCGGAGGUGGACUUGACGGACAGAUCCGACCAAGUCCUCAUGCGGGCAACCUAUGGGGGGGCAGCCAUCCGGGCAGACGAGGCCCUGCUGAUGCUUCGUCGAUUUUUUCAGUCUGAGGGCAAGAAGCUACAAGUACUGGUAAGGCAUGCCUUCAGCAACUGGGCUGCCAACCCAGAGAGUCCAGACCCGACCAUUCGGAAGUAUUCCAUUGGCACCAUCCUGUACAACUACUACGGCGUGAAUGCCUUUGCGAACUGGUGUGACCUUGGAAGCUGGCUGGGCUUUUGCAACGUGGACGCAGAAUGCUUCCGAACCUUGAUCUCGUCCUGCUUGGUUCACGGCAUCCCCCCGCAUGCCGACAUCAAGAAGCUGAAGGACGUCACGGAAAAGCAAGAUCACAGCCGCCUCGUGAACUUCCUGCUUCCCGUGCGGUCGCGCUUCUUGUACCUCUUCCGGAAGCACCAGGCGGACUUCCCAGGGAUUGAUGGAGAGGCGCUCUUCCUGGCCACGGUCGUACACCCGCUGGACCAUUACAACCUGAUCACGAUGCAAAAAGCUCUGGACCAGGGGACGCUCAAGGAGGGUUAUGCGGAGGACCUGUUCGUGGUGAGGAUCACGUCGGAGAAGCUCUUUCUGACCUACCUUGUGAACGAUUUCAGCUUCUCCGGUUCGUCGCAUCCACUCUUCAAGGAUACCUACGACUUUGCCAAGCAGCGUGACCAACGGUUUGCUGAUGAGAUGGAGUGCUGCGUCCUGCGUUAG